CCAGAACCAGUCCGCUCCAGUCAGACAGCUUUGACUUACUGUGUCCCAGUAGUCCGUGCCGCAGCCAAGUUCCUUGGUGUAUGGCUACCCCAGGUGCUAGUCGAACGAUUACUGUUGGCCGGUCCAUUUCUCGCGUCAUUACCGCAACGGGAUACAUUGGGGGAAUUCUCCGGACCCUACCAGUUGAAGCUGAACGGUCUCUUUGGGACACUACCACCACCAAGCUAUGAGGAACCGGUGUGUUUGGCCGCAUUGAGGCGUCUUCGUUUACAGCAUGAUGUGGAACAAGGUGAAGAAGUCAAAGAAAUUGAAGAUGGCACAGACGAUGAUCGAUCAUUGCUGGCGGACUCGUCCGUGACAACAAGUGCGACCAUCUUGUCCACAGUAUCUGAUUUCAGCCCCUCAUUUGGUGUACGUCAUUCGCCGGAAUGGCUUCCAGUACCCACCAUAUCUCUGUCCGAUCCGGAGCCAGAAACAGCACAACCGGACAAUUGGGAAGUUGUAGAUGAUGGAACUGAUGUGCUUCCAUUGAAUACAGAUCCUACAUCCGCACUACCAACGGGCGAAACGUGGACCAAUUCGUUAAGUAAAUUAUGGCGACCUAUAUUCAAUCGUUUAGGUUCGAAUACAGAACUUGAAGCGCAUGGAGAAGAGGAGGUCAAAUGA